AUGCUUUACACGCAAGCGACAAUCAUCACGGUCAAUGCCAACCGCGACAUCAUCCAAGAUGGAGCGAUCCUGGUCCAAGGCAGCAAGAUCGCAAACAUCGGGAAGACAGAAGCUCUCUUGAAGCUAUAUCCAGAGGAAGAAGUUACUGCGCUCGAAGGCCGGAUCAUCAUACCUGGACUCGUCAACGCCCACAUGCAUACAGCUCAAACACUCCUACGAGGCACGGCAGACGAUCUCGAACUCGUCUCCUGGCUCUGCGAACGAAUCUGGCCAUUGCAAGGAAAUUUCACUCCGAAAGAUGGAUAUGCUGCAGCGCGACUCAGCAUUGCCGAGAUGCUCAAAUCUGGCACGACAUGCUUCCUCGAGAGCAUGUUCGCAGACCGAUACGGCUUCGACGGGCUCUGUAGAGCAGUCGAAGAAAGCGGUAUCCGUGGCUGUCUCGGCAAGAUCGUCAUGGAUGUCGGAACAUAUGCCAGUGAUCCAAAGUGGGCGAUGCAUCCGGGACUUGUAGAAAACCGCGAAACCAGUUUGCUCGGCGCCGUCGACAUGCACAAGAAAUGGAACGGCAAGGCCGACGAUAGAAUUCGGGUAUGGUUUGGCGCGAGAACGCCAGGCGGGGUUUCCGAAGGGCUCUACAAAGAGAUGACUUCGAUUUCGAGGGAGCAAAACAUCCCUAUAACGAUGCACUGUGCUGAAGCGCCUGCCGAUCGCACGUUCUUUGAGAGUCAAGGGCAUACUGCUAUGUCGUAUUGUGACUCUGUGAACCUGCUCGGUCCACAGACCGUGUUGGUACACAUGGUGCAUUUGGACGACUCGGAUAUCAAAACUUUAGCCGAAACUGGGACUCAUAUUGUCCACUGUCCUUCGAGCAACACCAAGCUCGCGUCAGGUAUCUGCAGAGUCCCUGAUCUGCUUGAAGCAGGGGUCAGUGUCACACUCGGCACUGAUGGAGCGCCAUGCAACAACACCUGCGACAUGCUUCAAGAGAUGCGUCUGGCGGGCAUCCUGCACAAAGCCGCUCGAAUGGAUCCUACCUCUGUGCCGGCAGAGACUGUCCUGGAGACAGCCACAAUCAACGGUGCAAAAGCCCUCGGUCUAGCAGACAGCGUCGGCAGCAUUGAGAAGGGUAAGAAGGCCGACUUUGUCGUUCUCGACAUGCGUGCUGUGCACUUGCAGCCGUGGUUCAAUCCUGUGAGUGCCGUUGUGUACUCUGCUACCGGCCGUGAUGUCGAGAUCGUUCUGGUCGACGGAAAAGAGGUUGCCAAGAGUGGGAAGCUCACAACGAUGGACGAAGAGAGCAUUUGGAAAGAGGCAGAAUGGCGUUCGAAGGAGGUUGUGAAGAGGGCUGGGUUGACGUCUGCUGUUGGUGCUCGGUGGCCGGUCCAGUAG